AUGUUUGAAGAAACCUACGAUUUGCAUCAAUGUCUUUUUAGAAGAAACCCUGAUUUUAGUGAAUUGCCUGCCAGAUGUGGAAACGGAUUAAUUGACAAGGGGGAAGAUUGUGAUUGCAGUGAAUUUCCUGACGCAAUUUGUUCUAGUCAUUGCUGUCGUAACUGCAAAUUUAUAAUGGAUGCCGAGUGCUCUACAGGGUUAUGUUGUGAUCUCAACACGUGCCUGAUCAAACCAGUUGGAUCUGUCUGUAGGCCCAAACAAGACGAAUGUGAUUUAGAAGAUAAAUGUGAAGGUAAAUCCAGCCUCUGCAGAGAUUUCUAUAAUCAAGAUGGUUCCAUGUGCACAGUAAUUAAUUAA